UUUUGUCUUUAUAUAGAAUUGUCUUAACAAGUUCUCUUCUCUGCACAGAUUCCCCUACUCUUCCCAUCUUCAGUACUUCAAUCAGAAUCAGCCAUGGAGCAGAUCAAGCACACCUAUGUCCAAGUUAGAGGAUUGAAUCUACACGUGGCAGAGAUUGGCACUGGUAGUAAGGUUGUGUUGUUCUUGCAUGGAUUCCCAGAAAUUUGGUACACAUGGAGGCACCAAAUGAUUUCUGUUGCGGAAGCUGGAUAUAGAGCAAUUGCAAUUGAUUUCAGGGGCUAUGGACUCUCUGAUCAGCCUCCUGAGCCAGAGAAAGGGACCUUUAUGGACCUUGUUGAUGAUAUUGUUGAUCUUCUUGAUACUCUCAGCAUCAGUAAGGUUUUUCUAGUUGGGAAGGAUUUUGGAGCUCUACCAGUGAGCCUACUGGCUGUCCUCCACCCCGAGAGGGUGUCUGGCUUUGUAACUCUGGGUGUUCCUUUCUUGCUACCAAGCUCUAAUGCUGUUCAAAAUCAUCUCAUGCCAAAAGGUUUCUACAUAACAAGGUGGCAGGAACCAGGGAGAGCUGAAGCAGAUUUUGGCCGGUUAGAUGUUAAAACAGUGAUAAGAAACAUUUAUAUUCUCUUCUCUGGCACGGAACCACCAACAGCUAAAGAUGAUAAUGAAGAAAUUAUGGAUUUGGUUGAUUCUUCUACUCCUCUACCUCCAUGGUUCUCUGAGGAAGAUCUUGCAGUUUAUGCAUCUUUAUAUGAGAAGUCAGGAUUUCGUUUUCCAUUACGAGUUCCAUACAGGACUCUGGCCUUAGAUUGUGGAAUAACUGAUCCGAAAGCCACAUGUCCAGCAUUGCUGAUCAUGGGUGAGAAGGAUUAUGUAAUAAAUUUUGCAGGCAUGGAGGAUUACAUAAGAAGUGGAAAAGUGAAGGAAUUUGUGCCAGAAUUGAGCAUCGUGUUCCUGGAAGAAGGAAGCCAUUUUGUUCAUGAACAGCUUCCAGAGAAAGUGAAUGAGCUCCUCAUCAACUUCCUCAACAAGCAUAGCAAUUGAAGAGGAUCUCAAGCAUGGCUAUGGCUUCCACUUCAGAAAAAAUUAGUGUAUUAGAUGUACGCUAAGCGAUUUUAAUCGCCCUUUUAGUGUUUUCUCUUAAUGCUGGGUUAAAGAACACAAAAGUACUACCAACAAUCUUUGACUCGAUAAUAUUGUAGUUGUUUCUGGAGUUGUGAGGUUGAAAUUCAAAUCCUAGUCAGAAUCUAAUUAAAUGGACUAAA